AUGCGCCAACAAUGGGGCCCGGAAUCAGGGGUUGCUACUGGUGCUGCUGGAGCUGCUGGAGGUACUGCUGCUGCUGGAGGUGCUGCUGGCGCUGCUGGAGGUACUACUGGUUCUGGUGCUGCUGGAGCUGCUGGAGGUGCUGCUGCUGCUGGCGGUGCGGCUGGCGCUGCUGGAGGUGCUGCUGGUGCUGCUGGCGCUGCUGGAGGUGCUACUGGUGCUGGAGCUACUGGAGCUGCUGGUGGUACUGCUGCUGCUGGCGGUGCUGCUGGCGCUGCUGGAGGUGCUGCUGGUACUGGUGCUGCUGGAGCUGCUGGAGGUGCUGCUGCUGCUGGUGGUGCUGCUGGCACUGCUGGAGGUGCUGCUGGUACUGGAGCUGCUGGGGACCCUGCUAUUGCUGGCGGUGCUGCUGGAGCUGCUGGGACUGGCCCUGCUGAGGGGGUUGGAGCUGGAGGUGCUGAGCGGCCACGGCCGUACUACGUUCCGCUCCUUCAGCAGGUUCUUGGCCUUCCGCCCUCUCCUGGUCCUACUCCUCCCCUACUGAGUCCACCGCUUGUCCAGUCGCAAUCACAGUUACAGCCAGUCUCUCCACUUCCUGGUCCUUCUCCCUACACUGCGCCGACGGGAGGUCUUACGGAGCGUCGUGAGCCUGAGUCUCGUCCUCCGUCGCCUGAGACUCGUCCAGAGUCGUCUGAGUCGCGUCCAGAGUCGCCUGUCCGCGCUGUCCGCGCUGGUCGUCGUGUUACACGUCAGCGUCCUCCUCCUGUCCUUGGCACUCACUAUAUGACCCUGCGUCCCUCUACUGCUCCACAGCGUGUCCCGCUGCCGUCUCCACCAGCGUCCUCUCUUCCUGCUCUUGCUGACCCGGAGUCUGACUCUCUUCGUGCUGCCAGUCCUACUGUCACGCGUCUCCUUGCCACUGCUGUCACUGACCCUUCCUUUGAGUCCUCUGCUGCGUCUGCUCUAGUCGCUGAGCUUGUUGACUUUGCUGCUGCCUGUCGUCUAGACUACGCCGCUAGCCUUGUUGCUGAGUCUGAGUCUGAGUCUGUCUGUCCUCCGUCUGUCGGGGGUGAGUGUGCUCUUGGCACGGACGUCCUUGAGGACAGACAGGAGGAGUUUGAGUGCUUUGCCGCUGCUUUGCCUCAUCUCGUGUCCAUGCUAGUUGCCCCUGAGGGAGACCCGGAUGCACCAGACAUCCCGACCCCACGCUCCUACGCAGAGGCGAUGGAGGGUCCCUACUCCUCUCAGUGGCAGACAGCCAUGGACGCAGAGAUGGCUUCCUGGAAGUCCACAGGCACCUACGUCGACGAGGUUCCCCCACCUGGGGCGAACAUCGUCAGUGGCAUGUGGAUUUUCAGGGUGAAGCGGCCGCCGGGUUCUCCGCCUGUCUUCAAGGCGCGUUACGUUGCACGAGGCUUCAGUCAGCGAGAGGGAGUUGACUUCUUCUAG